AUGUCAUCAUUUUGGUCAAGACUAAUUCCCAGAGCGUUCCGCAGAUCAAUAUCUACCACAAAACCUACGGGAAAAGGAAAAGUUACCUUGGGGGACCCAAUAGAGCAUGCCACAGGUAUAGAAAAACGUGAACUGCUAGCAAUAAUGGCUGGCAACGAGGAUCCGUUUGAUCUGAAGAGGAUCAAAAGGGGCCCUGGCACCAGAGCUCAACCCACCGAAAUUCCUUCCGCUUUUGAUUCACGAAUUAUUGGCUGUAUAUGUGAAGAAGCUUCAGUGAGCAUUGUUUGGAUGUGGCUGCAUAAAGGGGAGCCGAAAAGAUGCGAAUGCGGCUACUGGUUUAAUUUAGUUCAUAAAGCUCCAUUGUAA